CACCCACGUCAAGUAUGCGGUUGAACAUUAAGCCCUCGCCCGCACCGACGGCCACGUCAAGCUUGACCGGCUCCCGCAUGAGCAACUACGGCAGCACAUACGACCCUACGGCCCAGCGCCUCCUUGCCACGUCCGACAAAAUCGAACAGACCAAGCAAACGAUCGCAGAAGCCGACCGGACGGCCAAGCACGUCCUCGUGGAACUCGAGGCGCAGCGUGGACAGUUUACAGACAUGAAGGACAUGGUGAACGACACCAAGUCUGCGACGAUGCAAGCGAACACGUACCUGAAGGAGUUGCGAAAUCGCCACCUCCGACAAAAGAUGCUCCUCUGGGGCAUUAUCAUCGUUCUCAUCGCGGUUGACGUGUAUAUGUUUUACUACUUCUUUCUAAGGCAAUAGAGCGUGCGUGCCGCCGUGUCUUUGUCGUUCGGGCUGCGCGUUGUCGAUGCGGUCAUCGAUGGAAGUGAUGGAUAGAGCCCCAGUCUCGCGCCAGAGCUCUCUCUGCGUGAUAGAACGCCAUGUGCUGCUGCCAAUGUCUUCGCACGAAAACAAGUGGUCCACAUGAGGCGGCGCGGCCAUUCAAACCACCGCUGCGAACUGCACCGUACUUGACAUUCGUGGGAACCUGGCGGUGGCCUUGACGAGCAUAUCCGUUCACAACAGUGCAUUCUUCUCAAGCCUGGACGCGACGACAAGCUCGACCUCGCCAUGGAGACCUCAAUCCCGACGUGUAUCUACCUCAUGGCGUACGUGCAUGUGAGCACUACUCGCGUGAAAUCGC